AUGACCGCCUUACCGGCGCACGGGACGACGCACAUAGCACCGUCGUUGUGCCGGGUGGUGGCGCUUCUUAGUGCCGUGUGCUGGUGUUGGGUACUGAGAAUGGCUGCCGAGAUGCCGGACCUGUCGCACCUGACGCCCGAGGAACGGGAGAUCAUCGAGUCCGUAGUGCACAGGCAAAAACAGGAGGAACAGAAGGAACAGGAAAUCAUGAGGCGAAAGCAAGAAGAAGUAAUUUUAUUGGAAGAGAAAAUCCGGCAACGCAGUGAACAGCAAAAAAAGGCAGGCGUCGAGUUGGACGCAACUUGUCAUAUAUGCCUGAAGACCAAAUUUGCCGACGGUGUCGGACACCUGUGCAACUAUUGCGGUAUCAGAUGUUGUGCCAGGUGUGGUGGCAAGGUUACCCUGCGUUCGAGCAAAGUGAUAUGGGUGUGCAUAUUGUGCCGGAAAAAACAAGAGCUUCUCAGCAAGUCUGGGGAAUGGAUCAACCACGGUAUGGCGGCCGCGGGCGGCGACCCGUCCCGACGUUCCGAGGUGUCGUCGCCCUGUAUGAUGUCGGAUAAGAGGCCCAAGCUCGAGAGAGCACACAGCGCAGUGGAGAAGGAGAACGUGCCACUGUUGCAGCGGUCCAAUAGCCUCCUGCGGCGCCAAUACUCCCAACAGGAGCCGUCCAGCCGGAAGGAGCAGGAGCACGGACUGACCGACGAAUACUAUCGCACAGGCCACGACGAUUACUAUCGUGGAGGUCAGCUGGAAGGAGUGUCGCACAGGACCGGAACCGGCAACCAGUCGUCCAGGUCUUCGCACCACCAGCCCCCGCUGCACCAGUUCGGUCCUGCUGCGGUGGACUGUAAACAGUCGAUGAUGGGGGGUCGUGGAGGUCCCGGUCCCGUGCCGGUGCGCAAGCACAAAAGGCCCGGGAACACGAUGCCCCCCGAACGGCUACACCAGCAGCACCAACAGCACCAGCACCAGCACCAACGCAUCAGCUUUUCCAGCUCUGAGGAGGAGGAGCUGCGGUCCACGUCUGAGUGCACCAGCUGUGACGAGCACGAAAGCGAAAAAGGUGACGCAGAGAGUAAUGCGGGAGAAGACCAGACUUAUAAACAUUCAAUGACAUUAUCAUCGCAACCGAUGUCGUGGCAACGGAGCCCCGAUAACAAGUUCUUGAUAGGUCACAUGGUGCUUAACAAGUCUGUUUGGGAGACCCCGAUCAGCCCGUCUUCCAGCGCGGCCGCCAUGUUGGGCCUGAAAAUCACCGGCGGCAAAUUCCUGUCGGCCACCGGAAGGAGAUGCGCGAUUAUCGAUCGCGUCCGGAAAGGCAGUACAGCUGACAUGGAGGGAAAUUUGAAACCGGGAGACGAGGUGUUGGAAUGGAAUGGCUGUCUAUUGCAAGGAAAAACACAGAAAGAAGUCUCAGACAUUAUUUCAGAAUCAAAACAUUUGCCACAAAUCGAGCUCAAAGUGUCCAGGUCAAUACUUCCGAGAAGAGCAAGUUAUGGCACUCCAACUAAAGGCUUAUAUGAUUUGCGUAAAGAUAAACCUUAUGUAAUGGUUACUUCACCGGGUAGUCCUGAACAUUUGGCUUCAAAUCCAGCCCGGGUCUUAAGGGCUUCCAAAAGUGUUAGCGGACCGAAUAGUUUACACGUCGGAGGGAAGAUACAGGUCAAAUUAGGUUUUGACCCGCAAUCACUGAAGUUGGUCGUAACUAUAAUGGCCGCUUCAAAUCUGUUACCACGGUCUGAUGGUUCACCAAGAUCAGCAUACGCCAAAGUAUGCCUUUUACCGGAUACAAGUGAAAAAUCCAAACGAAGGACUAAAACGAUAAUGAAUUCCACUGAUCCUAAAUGGAAUCAAAAUUUUUCAUUUACAACUAUGAGAAGGUCGGAUUUAAAGUUUAAAGUUCUUCAAAUUUCGUUAUGGGACUAUGAUAACAAUCCUACAAAUCAAUUCCUUGGAGAGGUACUGAUCGAAUUGGGACUUAAGAAAUUAGAAAACUUGGCUGAAUGGUAUCCAUUGACUGCACAUCAAGAAAUAACUGGAGAAGGAGGUAUUACAAUAGGUGAUUAUGAUAUGGAAUACUCAGGAGAACACUUGUCUCCACCAUCUACAUUAUCUCGGCAAUCAGAUUCAGAUGCUUCGGAUGUUGAUGAUUGCUGUAGCGGACGACGAGUUGGAGCUGAUGGCGCAUCCAUAAGUAGCCUCGGUAGUUCUAUAAGCCCACCGCCGGAUUAUGAUCAUUUGGAUCGGAGAAAAAGUCGUAGGGAUAUGUCACCAUUACAAAAGUCAUACGUGUAUGGCACUACAAUUGAAAAAAAAUAUGGAUACGAAGUCAGUUUAAAACAGCAGUCCGUACCAAUUCGAUCUACAACUAGUGUUAGUCAUAGAUCGAGAUCUGCUGCACCGACUGAUUCUCCUAGCCAACAUUCCAGAUCACGAUCGAAAAGUCCAACCAUGCUCUCCGACAGAAGAAGCUUAUCUCCUCCAGACUAUAGGUAUCCUGGAGGUAUUCAGAGCUAUAGACAAGGUCCAUCAAGGUUCUUAGCUAGGUCAGCAACAGCUACUCCUACAUCCACUCCCAAAAAACGUCAGCUUCCCCAAAUUCCAGGAACUAUGCCUUCUUCUUUAGAUGAACGAAUUCCAUAUUAUUUUGAUGACCAAACGUCAUCGUUUCGAAGAAGAACGAGACAAGUGCAACCUCGAAGAAUUCAGAGUAGAACAGGAGGCCUUGGUAGAUUACACCAUUAUGGUGGACUAAGUGAUAGUGAUAUACCUAUGCACCAACUUCGAUCUCUGACACCUCCACACGUUAGAGGAUCAAUGAUGUCCAGAGGAGAAACUGGAGAUACUUGUGAUAUUGAUGAUAGCGAUAGUGUUAUCAGCAGUGCUUUAUCUACUCAAUCUGAACAGCCCAGAUCGACGAUAUUUUGUGAUUAUGGAGCGUCGCACAGUAGAUCUGGAUCACAACAAUCUCCCGUCAUGGCACCAACAACCGAUAGCAAGAGGGCUCAAUUUUCACGGAGCCUGUCUAAUGCUGAUGUACAAACAGAUAACAUAACCGAUUCUGGUAGUUCAGGAAAACGAAGAGGCGAUUCGUCUUCCUUAACAGAAAGUGCCGGUAAAAGCUCAGCUUCUGGGACCAACUCUUCCACUUCCGGUAUGGGGAAAAAAAGUGCAUCAGCUUCGCAAUUAUCAGCAACCGAAGGAAGGAGCUCGAAAGGGAAACGCGGUUCAGGUGGCGGAGGCGGUGGCGCCCAACCCAAUUUUAAGCGGUCCCAAGAGGUGGCCCCGGGCAGACAAGCAAGCCUCACCAGUCUUUCUAGCGAUUGUCCAAGCUCCGCCGGUCAGUCCACCGAGGGUGAAGUGACCACGUUCAUUGGUAAACUUGGACCAGGGCAAAAAGUUAGUCGACAAAUAUUGGGGACUCCAUAUCGAGGUGACGUUAAAAUCGGAUUCAAUUUUUUCGUUAACUUUAUGGAAGUCACCGUUUUUGAAGCCAAGGAUCUAAUUAAUGUUAAGGAAACGAAAACAAAGCUUCCAGAUACAUACGUCAAAGUAUACCUUGUGAAAGGCAAAAAGUGCGUGGAAAAACAUCGUACAAAAACAAUUAAAGAGAGCUUGCAACCUAAGUACAUGGAAAUGCUCAAAUUUAAAAGUUCCCCAGCUGGUUGUUUAAUCCAGGUGUCGGUGUGGGGAGAUUACGGACGCGAAAAAGGAAGAAAAGUGUUUAUGGGAGUGGCCGUGAUUUAUAUGGACAGCAUAACUACGAGUCCCGGAUCGUCAUUGACGGAGUGGUACAGGCUGUUCGGAUCGUCGUCGUUGUGA